UGGAGACCCCCCCAGAGGCGCGGGCGAGAGCCCUUGUGUGAAAUCCUCAUGCAAGAGCCCUCGUGCAAGAGCCCCCAUAGGAGACCCCUCGUGCACGAUCCCCGUGCAAGGGCUCACCCCGUCCCGGCCCCCCUUUUCCCACCGCCCUUUCCAAGCCCUGCCCCCUUGGCCACGCCCCGUUAAGCCCCGCCCAUCACCCGGGCCCCACCCCGUUAAGCCCCGCCCCGCUGCUCAGAGCGGCAGCACCGAGAGCGACCGAGCGGCUGCAACGGCACCGGCACCGCCACAACCGGCCGCCAUGGCCGAGUACCGCAGCCUCCUGGAGGAACUGGCCCAGAACAUCACGGCCGAGGACCUGGAGCAGCUCAAGUCCGCCUGCAAGGAGGACAUCCCGAGCGGGGAGAGCGAGGCCAUCGCCACCAGCCACCACUGGUUCAGCUUCCUGGAGAAGCACGGCAAGCUGGGGCCAGACACGCUCUCCUACGUGGAGCACAUCUUCGAGAUCUCGCGCCGCCCCGACCUGCUCACCACGGUCGUGCGGUACCGGACCCACGUGCUCAAGAUCUCGGAGGAGGACGAGGUGGACACGAAGCUCACGCGCAUCCCCAGCGCCAAGAAGUACAAGGACAUCAUCCGGCAGCCGUCGGAGGAGGAGAUCAUCAAACUGGCGCCCCCCCCCAAGAAAGCCUGAGGGGGGGGGGCAGGAGGAGGAGGAGGAGCUGGAUGGAGGCCAUGCCCCCCCUGUGCCCCCCCCGCCACCCUCCGGCCCGGGGGGGGGGCACCACUGUCACUAACCAAGUCUUAACACCCCCCCCGGGGGGUCUGUGUGUGUGUGUUGGGGGGGGGGGGGCGCUUUGCUAUUCCCAGGGGACCCCCCAGCCCCCCCCCCAAGCUGGCCCCGGCCCCCCCCCCCCCAUAGCUGAAGAGCCCGGGGGGGGGGUGACAGCACCGAGACCCCCCCCACGGCUCUGGGGGGGGGCACACACAGGGAUGAAGGAUGGGGCAGGUCGGGAGGGAAGCGAGGAGCAGGUUUGGAGGGGGGGGGCCCCAUUGACCCCCCCCGGAGGCUGGAGGUGGAUGGAGCAGGAGGUGAUGGGGGGGGGCACAGUGGGAGCCCCGGUGCAGGUGAUGGGCGGGGGGGGGACCCCCCAAACCCCCACUUUGGGAGGGGGGGGUGCCCAGAUAGACUGACAUUGGAAGGGGGGGGUGGAAGGAGCCCCCCCAGUGCUAUGCUGGGAGGGAGGGGGGGGGCGCAGGGUGCAGCCCCCCCUCAGUGUGUGUGUGUGUGUGUGUGUUGGGGGGGUUGGGGUCAGCUCUAGCUACUAACCCGGGGGGGGCAGCGCGGGGGGGGCACUGCAGAGUUUAUGUUAAUAUAUUUUAUUUAAUAAAAGCUAAAACCCGCCCCCC